GUCUCUCCUCCACACAUAGUACGAUCCAACCCAAUCCCCGUCCGAUCUCGCCGGAAAAUCUCCUCCGACCGAUCGAAGCCAAGGCUCUCUCGUCCUCCUCCUCAAGAUGCAGAUCUUCGUGAAGACCCUCACCGGGAAGACCAUCACCCUUGAGGUCGAGUCUUCUGACACCAUUGACAAUGUCAAGGCCAAGAUCCAGGACAAGGAGGGCAUCCCGCCGGACCAGCAGCGUCUCAUCUUCGCUGGCAAGCAGCUUGAGGAUGGGCGCACUCUGGCUGACUACAACAUCCAGAAGGAGUCCACCCUCCACUUGGUGCUCAGGCUCCGUGGUGGUAUGCAGAUCUUCGUGAAGACACUCACCGGCAAGACCAUCACCUUGGAGGUUGAGUCCUCGGACACCAUUGAUAAUGUCAAGGCCAAGAUCCAGGACAAGGAGGGCAUCCCCCCGGACCAGCAGCGCCUGAUCUUCGCCGGCAAGCAGCUUGAGGAUGGCCGCACCCUUGCGGAUUACAACAUCCAGAAGGAAUCCACCCUCCACUUGGUGCUCAGGCUCCGUGGUGGUAUGCAGAUUUUUGUCAAGACCCUCACCGGGAAGACCAUCACCCUGGAGGUUGAGUCUUCUGACACCAUUGACAACGUGAAGGCAAAGAUUCAGGACAAGGAGGGCAUCCCCCCAGACCAGCAGCGCUUGAUCUUCGCCGGUAAGCAGCUUGAGGAUGGCCGCACCCUUGCGGACUACAACAUCCAGAAGGAGUCCACCCUUCACUUGGUGCUCCGUCUCCGUGGUGGCCAGUAAGUGCCUGGCCAUGGAGCUGCUUCUGUGUGUGGGUUCACAAGUCUCGAAUUCUCAUUGCCUUCGGUCUCCUCCUCCAGUGGAGUUGUCAGUGUGUUGUGUCUAUCGUUGCAGUGUCUUUGUUCCUACAUUACGGUGAUCUAGUGUUAUUUGAGUUUUGUAUCUGCAAACUAAAGCUGUUGUGUAGCAGCAGCUUGGUGACCCGUGAAUAAGUGAGCCCUGGAUUUGGUCUAUAAUUCUGUUGUCCUUGCCUGA